ACAUGAUCUCGCGAUGAAUGAAUGAGAACUCGAGAAUCUUGCACAAAUUCUGUCAUACAACAAUAAUGGCCGCUGUGCGCAGACUAGGAGGUAUAUUUAGGAGUUUUUCUUCGGCUCCACGGAAUGCACUUUUUCGUUCUCCGGUGAAGGAUAACCGAUGCAGACUCAGAGGAAUAGCAGUUGCUGUGGGUGUUGCAGCCGGAGGAGCCGUGUUGUAUUAUUAUUAUUCAGAUAUGGGCGGAUUCAGAGCUAGAAAAGCCCCGAAAAACGGAACGGGCUGUCGGGCACUGCUGCCUUCACUACCCGCUGUAGCCGCAAAGGAUAAGGCUCCGUUUGAUUUUGACGAAGGUGACGUGUACAUGUCGUCUCAUGAGCAUCGUUUCCGUCUCUUCAGCUCAGUGGAGUAUGAGGGACAGCUGUACAUGACUCCUCAGAACUUCAUCGAGUCGGUCACCAUGAGUGAGCCCCGCGUCAAAAAACCUUGGAGGUCACUCAACAAACAGGAGCUGGAGAAGAUCUUGUCUGACACUCCACCAGUUUGGAAAGGAACAUCCAAGCUGUUCCGGAACCUUCGGGAACGAGGCAUCAUCGCUUACACGGAGUAUCUCUUUCUGCUCUGCAUUCUGACAAAGCCUCAUGCAGGCUUUAAGAUUGCCUUUAACAUGUUUGACGCUGACGGUAACCAGAUGGUGGAUAAACGGGAAUUUCUCGUGUUGCAAGAAAUCUUCCGAAAGAAAAAUGAGAAGAAAGGAAGAAAAGGAGAUGCUGAAAAAUCUGCUCAACUUAGUAUGCAGCUCUAUGGAUAUCAGGUUGCCCCCGUAAACAGCGUACUAAAAAAAGAGAGUCAGGAGUUUGUGCCCAGGAGCUACUGGGACAUGCUGAGACGUGGCGCGAGCCAAGCCCUGUUUUCUGACCUGGCAGAGGAUUUUAAGCUAGAGCGUGCUGAUGAGAACAUGAUGAUUGACACCACUCUGCUCGUGCACUUCUUUGGCAAGAAGGGAAAGGCGGAGCUGACGUUUGACGACUUCUACAGAUUUAUGGAUAACCUGCAAACUGAGAUGUUGGAGAUUGAGUUCCUGACCUAUUCCAAAGGCAUGACCACCAUCAGUGAGGAGGAUUUUGCGCGAAUCUUGCUGCGCUACACUAACGUAGAGGAUAUCCGCAGCUAUCUGGAGAAUGUACGGCAGUGCAUACCAGAUGAGAAGGGCAUCACCUUCGAAGAGUUCAGGUCUUUCUUUCAGUUUCUCAAUAACCUUGAAGACUUUGCCAUUGCCAUGCAGAUGUACAACUUCGCUUGCCGUUCCAUUGGACAAGAUGAGUUUGCUCGGGCAGUGUAUGUCGCAACAGGCCUUAAGCUGACCCGUCACCUGGUUAACACCAUUUUUAAGAUAUUUGAUGUGGAUCAUGAUGAUCAGCUCAGUUACAAAGAGUUCAUUGGUAUAAUGAAGGACCGUCUGCACCGUGGAGGCAGGGUAAGAAAGAGGUGUAGGGCUAUAAGGCUGUAGAGCGUUUCACUUCAUUUAGAUCAUGUCUGAAGAAGGAACUGGCAGGCAGCAGGUGAACAAAGGACAUGGCUUUUCUUUCUUAGAAGGAAACGGAUUUGUCUGCUCUGGAAAUGUUUGAGAUCAAAGACAUAGUGCUAGAGAUUCCAUCAUGAGAUCUACCUCAUCCUCUUCUGAUCUUGAAACCUUGGGAUUGGGAUAGUGUCCCUGCAAUCAGUGCUCUGCACUGCAUCUUCUACUAUCUGCACAUAUCUGCAUGAUCAAACUUUGUUCUGUAAUCUGCUAUUAAUCUUGUUUGCAUGUAACCUUCAGGAUGGCCUUGUAACUGAAUUUCAGUUGGUACAUGUUCAAUUUUUGAUUGUUUUAAAGUUGCACAUAUGUGUCCAGGCAGGGUAAAGAGAUCAUUUUCAUGUGUUUUAAAUAGAGAUGUUUUAAGCAGGAUGAGCUCAUUAUGGCCUUUUAUUAAUUAUAUUUAUACUAGAUUGCAUUGUACCUUGGAUUUUAUUAUGCCCAUUACAAACAAAACUAUUAAUCAUAUGUAUUUAUCAUUGUUAUCUGUCAUGAUUGAUUUAAAUAUACUAAAUCAUACUGUGUGAAAAGGAUAAUACUUUGUUAUUUGGGUUUGAAAGAGAUUAUGUAGUUCAUGUAGCAAUACUGAGCAUUGCCUUAAUCUAAAAAAAAAAAAAAAAAAAAAAAACUUAUUUUUCUCAUACAGUUUAUUUAUUUUUGAACAGGUAUGACUGUACAAAGAUUGUAUGAGGUUGUAUUGCCAUGUAAGGAAAUUAACGGCACAGUCUAAGCACGCAUUUUAAGACUGUAAUUCAAGCACUUGACAAAUAGACUUGAAAUUCCAUAAAAAUGUUAUACAAGUCAAUAAAGUGGUUUCAAUAUGCCUAUGA